AGAUAGACGAUGACUGGCGUAAUUAACUGGAUUGAUAUGCAUGCCAGUCCAAAGAAUCGCAUCUCUGGUGGGGAACAAACGUGGAAAAACAAUGCCCAAGGGUGGUGGUGGUUGGCCGAAACGAUAAAACACUUUGCACGUUACUCGUGAUAUAAUAGGCGAUCAUCAUAUCUCACUCUCACAGCCAUAUCCAUUCAACCGUCUCAUUCUUCUUGCACCAAUGCAAGUAGCUUUGCAGCUCACUUCCCUCCACCGCAGUCUGCCAGUCUCCACUAGCUCACUACUCUUCAUUCGUGAGGAGAAAUGGGUGGUGGCGUAAUUAGAGAUAGAUUGAUGGCUACCACAUGCCAGCCUCCGACCGCCGCGCCAGAGGUGUCGUCGUCAUCGGGGAGGAGCUCGACGGAGAUGAGGAGGUCCCUGAAGGUCCACAGCGAGGCCGAAAGGCGGCGGCGGGAGAGGAUCAAUGCCCACCUGGCCACCCUGAGGAGAAUGAUCCCUGAUGCUAGCCAGAUGGACAAGGCCAGCUUGCUAGCCAGCGUGGUGAACCAAGUGAAGGACCUGAAGCGGAAAACAACCGCCAGAACAACCACACAAGCAGCGGCGGCGGCGCCCAUCCCUCCGGAGGCCAACGAGGUCACCGUCCGAUGCUGCUGCGCCUCCACCGGCGGCGACCGCGCCACGUACGUCAGGGCCACCGUCAGCUGCGAAGACGGGCCGGGCCUCCUAGCGGGCCUCGCCGGGGCGUUCCGCGGGCUCGGGCUGAGGGCGCUGCGGGCCGAGGUGGCCUCCCUGGGGGGCAGGGCGCACCACGAGUUCCUGCUGCGCAAGGAGGAGGAGGACGGGGAUCUCGGUGCCGGAGUGAGGCUCAUGGAGGCGGCGGUCCGGCAGGCGCUGGCCGAGGUCGCCUUCCCGGAGAUGGCGCGCGGCGGCAGCGGCGGAUCGUGGAGCAAGAGGCAGAGGCUUCUGGAGGCCCGCUGCUCGGUGAUGUACUCUGUAUAGGUGGGUUUCACAGGGCGGGUCUCGCCGUCUCCAGCCUAAUUUUGUGCGAACGGAUCGCGAGUUGACGCAGCUCAAAGCAAAGUUUCCAAGUGCCUCAAAAAAAAAGUUUCUAGGUCUUCGUUUUAUAUCAAGUGAUUUAAAUUUGUCAAAAUAUGAAUGUCUCUGUACUCAAAACCAUUUAGAUGCAUGUAAUAUUUUAUCACUUAAUAUGAGACGGAGUGAAUAUUUGAAUUCA